AUGCCAAGACCUAGAAAACAAGAAGAUUCCCUUGGUUUAGUUCAGUGGAUAGUCAGAACUGCAGUAUUUUGUGUAUUUUAUGUCACUACAGAUAAAUCUGCGAAAGAUAUUAUAAAAAUUACAAGAAACAAUUCAGUAAAGCUAGAAUUGCCAGAAAGAAUUAUAUUGAUAGCAAAUCAUCAAAUAUAUGCUGAUUGGAUAUAUAUAUGGACAUUUGCAUAUUUAGCUAAUGCUCAUGGUGCUGUAAAAAUUAUAUUAAAAGAUUCGUUGAAAUGGCUGCCAAUAUUUGGAUGGUAG